GCCGGCUGGAAUCUCUACACCACCGAUCGCUUGGCGCCCACGAUAUUGUGCGUCAUCAUCCGGCUUUCAACCACAGUUCUUCAGCCCUUCCUCCCUAGAUGCGUGGCUGAGCCAUAUGAGCCAUACGGGUUCGGACGAAUUCCAAGUCACGGAGGCUUCGGGGCCCACAUGCAGCGGUAGCGAAUGCGAAGAAGACCAUCUAUAUAGUGACAGGCCCUCCAUUAGGAGUGAUCGCGCACUUUAGCACUCGCUGUUGAAAGAGCAAAAUGGCAGCAGUUCAUGUGCUGGACGACUACUAUCUGGCGAUAACGUUUCUCAUCACUGUCGCUUACCAGUUAUUCUUCUUUUCCUUCGCCUUCACAUUCAAAUUCGACAAGCUCACGGACUUCGCCGGUGGCACGAAUUUCGUCCUCCUCGCAAUACUCACGCUUGCAUUCAGUGAAAACCGGAGCAAUGCGCGCAAUAUCGUGGCCUCGGUCUUCCUUAUGCUAUGGGCGGCGCGACUAUCGGGGUUUCUCCUCUUCAGAAUCCUGAAGACGGGUAAAGAUGAUCGCUUUGACGACAAGCGAGAUAAGUUCUGGUCCUUCCUUGGCUUCUGGGUCUUCCAAAUGUUCUGGGUCUGGACAGUUUCCCUUCCGGUCACCAUCCUGAACUCGCCAAAGGUCACUCAGUUCAACCAGCCUGGGUUUGGAACCGGACAUGACAUUGCAGGCGUAGUCCUGUACUCCAUUGGCCUGAUCAUGGAGAGCGCAUCCGACGUCCAGAAGUAUCGCUUCCGGAGCGCACACGGCAGUGAUGGUGCGGUGUGCGAUGUGGGCUUCUUCGCCUUGUCAAGGCACCCCAACUACUUCGGAGAGAUAAUUAUCCAAUUCUCUAUCUUCAUGAUCGCUGUCUCGCCCGCAGCCUACGGGUACCUUUCUGGUGGGGCGUACUCGGCGCUGUAUGCAUCGAUACUGGGCCCUUUCUUCCUGACGGUGCUUCUAAUGUUCCUAUCCGGAUUGCCGCUGCAAGAGAGACCAGGUGCUAAAAAACGCUACGAGAAGGGCAAUAAGUGGGCGGAGUACGAGAGAUAUCUGCAUCGGACCAGUAUUCUGGUCCCGUUUCCUCCGCAGCUGUACGAGAAGAUGCCGGUCUUUCUGAAGAGGACGAUUUUCUUGGAGUUUCCCAUCUAUGUGUUCGACCCAGCAAAGCACGCGGAUCAGAGCAAAAUCCAGGCCUCGUCGGCAGAGGAGGGGAGAUCACGGCCGAGCGAUGAACAGGGUCUCCGAGGAUAGUGUUUGGAUCACUUCUGGGAGAGGGAUACUGAUUCAACCUUUCACAAUUAAGGAUCCAUAUUGUUUGACAUUGUGCGAUCGUACGUACUCGUUCGC